ACACACACUCAGACAUACUGCAAACUCUCAACAGGAAACUCUGAGCCAUAAUGCGAAGGCACCUCAGAGCAGACGGGUGCAUUGCUCAAACCAAGUGGGAUACCGUGCGGCUUUGAUAGUGCGUUAAUUACUCAUGUGAUGUGAUACAGAUGUCUGGGGGCUUCAGCCGAAAGUUUGCCUGACACUUUCCAAGGGGGCCAGGCAGACAUUUUAGAAGCGAGAUAUACUGGGACUGCAUUCCAAUCAGUGAAAUCAAAGCUCCGACUGUGUUCCACAAUGGGCACCGCAGCUCUACAUAUGUUGGUGCUAAUGGCCUGUUUGGCAGCCAGGGGAAUGUGCCAGAUAAACAGAGCUCAAGCCGAGAAGGACCUGGGCCUCCUCGCCCACUCCACCCGUCAGUCUCGUGGAACCUACAGCACCGUCAGUCCGAGCACGGGCCCGGGGCUUCACCUGCGGGCCCCGGGGGUCGAUUCGCAAGCGGCGGGAUCUGCCUUUUCCAAUGAAACUGUCGUAAAGAUGCCGGUAAAACCUCCGAUGUGCCUGCAGAUGACUUCUCUGAAGGGCUACUUUAAGUACAUCAACACCACAAUUUCCGUGAUAGUGUUUGCAGUCGGCCUGAUCGGCAACGCCACCCUGCUGAGGAUUAUUUACCGCAAUAAGUGCAUGAGGAAUGGGCCCAAUGCCCUGAUUGCCAGCCUAGCACUGGGGGACCUCAUCUACAUCUUCAUUGAUAUACCAAUCAAUGUUUACAAGCUCCUGGCGUCACGUUGGCCAUUUGACUACAACGUGGUCGGCCUGGUGCUGUGCAAGAUGGUGCCCUUCCUGCAGAAAGCCUCUGUGGGCAUCACUGUGCUCAACCUGUGCGCCCUCAGCGUGGACAGGUACAGAGCCGUGGCCUCCUGGAGCAGAGUGCAGGGCGUGGGCAUCCCUCUGUUCACCGUCCUUGAGAUCGUGUCCAUCUGGCUGCUGUCGUUCAUCCUGGCGAUACCCGAGGCUAUGGUGUUCAACAUGUACACCUUCAACUACAGGAAUCAAACCAUACACACCUGCAUGAUGAAACCGACAACAGUUUUUCUGACGUUCUACAAGGAUGCAAAGGACUGGUGGUUGUUUGGCUUCUACUUCUGUGUCCCGCUCGCCUGCACCGCAGUCUUUUACACGCUGAUGACGAGCGAGAUGCUCAACCACAGGAACGGCAGCCUGCGGAUCGCUCUGAGUGAGCACCUCAAACAGAGGAGGGAAGUGGCCAAAGCUGUCUUCUGCCUGGUCCUCAUCUUUGCCCUCUGCUGGUUCCCACUGCACCUCAGCAGGAUCCUAAAGAGGACGGUUUACUCCCAGAAUGAUAGGUCGCGUUGUGACCUGCUCAGUUUCCUGUUGGUCCUGGAUUACCUUGGUAUCAACCUUGCAACCAUCAACUCCUGCAUAAACCCCAUUAUCCUCUACUUUGUGAGCAAGAAGUUUAAAAACUGCUUCAAGUCAUGCUUGUGCUGCUGGUGUUACUCUGACAACCAGCUGAGCAGCAUCGGACCCUUGAACGGCACCAGUAUCCAGUGUAAGAGCCCCGAGCCCAACAACCUGUACAGCGACCGCAGCAUCAGGAAAUACAGCAACUGAACCACUCACUCACCUGAGGACUGUUUUCAAGCUUUUCAAAAACCCCCGAAGAAGCUUUUCAAACGCAACCAGUUCAGAAAAAGUAUUUUUUCAGUCAUCAUCCUUCGAACCGCUGACGCAAAGUAUGAGCCUGAAUGGAGGACAAUGAAUUUUAAUUUCUAUGCAACUUUUUGGACGGACGGAGCCACAAAGUACAAGACCUUCACACGGUGGACCUUUGCUUGGUCAGGAUUAUCCAUUAUUCUUCAACUUCACAUGUUUAUUAUUGUAACCACGAGGCCAAAGGUCCUCCAACCACAAGGAAUAACCAUGAACUUUUCUUUAACCUAACCGUGACGUGACCAUUCCAUAGGCUUGACUGCAUAUGUAUUAUUACGACUUUGAAGACGAAGGUCCAGGAGACCUCUGUUUGGGACGAACGACAUCCGGCCACCUACGCUUGUUCCGGCUGGAAGACUUGUUGGAAAUACGUCUAGUGUCAGAAUAUGAGCAAAAACAGUUCACUGGCGCAAAAUUAGAAAAGGUGCAGGACUGUUUUUGGAGCAGAUAAGGUACAACUCUGUAUUUUUAUAGCACAGGUCAAGCAAAUGAUAAAUAUGGAGUACUGCGUUAUGACAGGUCUGAUAUCACCAUUCACCAAAAAUGGACAGGAAUGACCUUUUUAAUAGCACUGUGAAUUUGACUAUACAACAAUAGGCUAAUGUGCAUGUAUAAGCCAUGGAAUAUAUAAAUACAUAUGUAUAGUGUCCACUUUUAUAAAGUGUUAUAUUGCAGUAAUGAUAAGUAUUUUAUCCAGACAAUGAUGUAAUAACAGAGGCAGAUGAGUUUUCAUGGUGGUGGUAAAGACUCCGAAUGUUAUAGUCUGACAUUUUGGCAACAUGAUUAUUUGCUUUCUUGCAAAGAGUUAGAAUCGACUUUCAUGUCUGUGUGUUGGAUAUUAAGUUACAUCAGCUAGUUAGCUUAGCAUAAAGACUGAUAGAAGGGGGAAACUGUUAGCCAAACAACAUUUGUUUAAGUCAAUGUAUCUCCUUUAUUUGAUCCAUACAAAAAACUUUGUACUUGUACAGAGGGGCAACAAAAUACAUUUACAUUAAAAGGUUCAAUGUGUAAGAUUUAGUUUGAAAGGGAUCUAUUGACAGAAAUUUUAUAUAAAAUAAUCCUAGUGAUGUUUUCUCGAGUGUGUUUCAUCUAAAUUGGGGACGGUGAGGUGAAGGGGAUUCAGCUGCAACAUGCAACUUCCCCACUAGAUGUCACUAAAUUCUACACACUGAACCUUUAAGUAACUAUUAAUGUAAUCACUUAGUAAUUAUCUACAGCUUUAUGUAAACCUAACCCAAUCACUAUUCGUGGGGAUUAUGUCUGUAUCUUGGACGACAGCAGCUAUUUCCCAGCCGAACUAAGCUAAGCUAACUUGUUGCUAGCUGUAGCAAUGUAUUUAACUUGCAGAAAUGAGAGCGAUGUCAAUCUCCUCCACUCGUUUAAGAAAGUACGUACAGGAAAUUAUAAGUGUUCUUUGUGUGGCAAUCGUGUUCAACUAUACUGCCUAAUACUGUUUGAUAUGUGAAUACAUGUAAACCUGUGUGUGUUUGAACAUGUGUGUGUGUGUGUGUGUGUUCCACUUUUGCCCACUUGUGUACAUAAGACCAAGUGAUAUCUGUACCGUGUUAUUUUACCACUAUCCAUCAACAUAUACAUACGUAACACAUACAUUACCCUGUGGAAGAUGGAACUCAUAUGUGUUUGUUGCCUUUGAUUUAACAUGUAAACAACGUGUUAGUGCUGCUGCUUGUACCAAUAAAUCCAUUUUCCAUCUCCAA